UACCCGAAUAGAGCAAUUGGAACAAGUGCAAGACUCGAUCUUAAAGGACCAAAAGGACUUCCAAUCAUCGGCAACCUAAUUUCGACUUCAAAUAAUGCGGAAAGAUUCAAUGACCACUUAUUUGAACUGAGUCAAAAAUACGGUGAAAUAUGCACUUAUACUUUACCUGGUAUGCGAGUUGUUGUUAUCAGUACGCCGAAACAGGUAGAGCAUGUUCUGAAAGACAAUUUUCAGAACUAUUUAAAGGGAUCUUAUAGCAAGCGUAUGAUUAGGGAAUUAUUUGGCGAUGGAAUUUUCAAUGUUGAUGGGGAAUCAUGGAAAAUUCAACGAAAACUUCUAAUUCCAGUUUUUCAAGGAAAAAAUUUUCGUAAAAUAAUUUGUCGUGGGUUUGAAGAACACACAAAAAUUGUGCUCGCAAUUUUAUCAAAAGCAGCUGAGACGGGGGAAACUAUCGAUCUUCAAAGUCUAUUCUUUCGCUUCACUUUUGACGUCUUCAUAAAGAUCUGCUUCAAUAAAAAUUUUAACACUCUGACUAAUCCCGAGAACGUGGCAUCCUUCGCCGUCGCACUCGAUCAUUUCCAAUCAGUAAUUAUGGAGCGUGCACUUAAUCAGUUAUGGCCAAUUCUAGAGAUGUUCUCUGAGACCGGACGAAACAAUCGCAAGUAUCGUAAAAUACUUGAUGAUUGCGCGUACAGUAUGAUUCGAGAAAGACUACAGGAGCCUCUAAAGACAGAAAGUCCUACUGAUGUCUUGCAAUUGUUUAUGGAUGCUACAAACGCUAACGAAGAAAGCUUGAAUAAUAAAGAAUUACGUGAUAUUAUUCUUAAUGUGGUUGCAGCUGGAAGAGAUACUACCGCAAUCGCAAUGUCGUGGAUGAUGUAUAGAAUAAUGACAAAUCCUUCUGUCGAGGAAAAUUUAUUAAAAGAAUUUGACUCUCGCGUUACGCCCGAGAAUCCGAUCUCUGACUAUGAUAAUAUUA